AUGGCUGCCAGUAAUAAUACUGCUUUGAUUGUAGAAUACCAAAAAUUCUUUGAUAUGUUUGACCGGGGCAAACAGGGAUACAUUAUGGCCACACAGAUUGGUCAAAUUAUGCAUGCAAUGGAACAGGAUUUUGACGAAAAACAACUUCGAAAACUGAUUCGAAAAUUUGAUGCCGAUGGAUCUGGCAAAUUGGAAUUUGAUGAAUUCUGUGCCCUGGUCUAUACAGUUGCAAACACCGUCGACAAAGAAACAUUGCAGAAGGAACUCCGUGAAGCGUUCCGUCUUUUUGAUAAAGAGGGUAACGGUUACAUCUCACGGCCAACGUUGAAAGCCCUGUUAAAAGAAAUUGCUGAUGAUUUAAGUGACGAUCAAUUAGAAGCAGCCGUAGAUGAAAUCGAUGAAGAUGGUUCCGGCAAGAUUGAAUUUGAAGGUAAUUGAAA